AUUCUUUUGCAUACCGACAGAUGAUUGAGUGAGAAAGAGUAUAGGAGACGGCGUGUGUUGGUGUUGUGAACGUGUUUAAUAGAAUGGAGAGAAAAUAGGGAAACGAGGAAGGGAGAGUAAAAGGAUGGACGUCAGUGAUCGAAGCAACAGCGGAGGGGAUGGAGAGACGGUGACGUUCCUCUUUCAAUUGGGUCUUAUGAGGGACACAGUCACCGCUGAGGCUCGUCAACUCUCUCUCGGAACCCUGAAGGAGCUCGCCUGCCACUUCCUCAACCGCAAGUUUCCAGAGCAUGGCUUGACCCGGUUGAACGAGAGACUACUCCUGUUUCGACAUGAUUACACGACCCCGAAUGUUCUGCAGAUUGUCAACUCCGUCACUGAAAUCUCCGAUGAUACCCUCGUCGAAAUCGUCCUCACCGCCCAAGUGCCAGUGGAAGAGCAGGCGAUUCAAAUCCGCCCACACGAACUCUAUGUUCACUCCUACCGAACCCCCACUUUCUGUGACUUUUGUGGGGAAAUGUUGUUUGGACUUGUGAAGCAGGGACUACAAUGCAAAGGUUGCAAUCAGAAUUACCACAAGCGCUGCGUAAACAAGAUUCCCAACAACUGCAGCAUGGCCAGGAGAAGAUAUUCUUCAUACAAUUUAUUGCCAGUGCCUCGCACACCUUCUGACCAGGGUUCCAUAGGGAGUGGAAGUGGGAACUCCAUCACCAUCCCCGAGGACUCCACUGUCAAUUAUGGAAGUCUGGGGAGAGGAAGUGUCAAUCAAGGCCAACGUUCUCCAGUCUUGAAUACAAGCCGCUCAUUUGCUGAAAGGAGUGACCUAUCUUCAGGGCUCAUUCCUGGCCAGGGUCCAACACCUGGACCUGGAAGACCUAGAAUCCCACACACUUUUGUGGUUCACACCUACACAAAGCCCACUGUGUGCCAGCAUUGCAGGAAGCUCCUCAGGGGUCUCAUUCGCCAGGGCCUCCAGUGUCGAGACUGCAAGUUCAAUGUCCAUAAGAAGUGCUCUGAAAAGGUCCAAUCAGAAUGCAUUGGGGAAGCACCUCGAGAAGCAGCUGAUGGAGAAGGUGAUAGGGAUAUCUCAGAAUCUGGGGAAGGUGACUCAUCAGAUGCAGAGAAUGAAUCUCCCCCUGGGUCACAAAUAAAGACCAUGGCUAUCAAUGGAUCAGAUGCAAGUGGAGAGACACAGGAAGAAGAGCAGGGGGUCCGGAAGCAACCUAGUAACAUUCCAGUUCAGAGACUGGUGCAGUCUGUGAAGCACACCAAGAGACGAGGUUCACAAGUUAUCAAGGAGGGGUGGCUGGUGCAUAGCACAAACAAAGAUUCCAAUUUCAAGCGGCACUACUGGCGUUUGGAUAGCAAAUCCAUAACCCUCUAUCAGAAUGAUACCACCAAGAACUACUACAGGGAGAUUCCUCUGGCUGAAAUUCUGGCUGUUGAGACAGCUAAGUCUUCUAAGGAGAGUCAAAAAGGGUCCCAUUGUUUUGAGCUGCGGACAGCAAAUGUUGACUACAUGGUGGGGCAUGACACCCCAGGAGAAGAGUUGGGGACUCCUCCUAGUGCAGAGUCAGGCAUAGGAUUGCACCUGGCCAGAAGCUGGGAGACAGCCAUUCGACAAGCUCUCAUGCCUGUCACCCCACAGAACUCUCUUGCCAAUGCACAGAAUGCCACUGGAGUUUCAAGCCAGCUGACCAAGGCCUCUUAUGCUUCUGGUGAGAGAAGCGAGCAGGAGUCAGAACGAGGAGGAGACAUUGCACAGCUUUAUCAAAUCAUUCCUGAUGAAGUCCUUGGAUCAGGACAAUUUGGCAUUGUCUAUGGAGGAAUCCACCGACGUUCAAGUCGCCCAGUUGCUAUCAAGAUCAUCGACAAAACCCGCUUCCCACAUAAGAAUGAGGCCCAACUAAAAAAUGAAGUGGCCAUUCUGCAGAAUCUCUCUCAUCCUGGUGUAGUGAAUUUGGAGAAGAUGUUUGAGACUCCUGAACGCAUCUUUGUCAUUUUGGUUGCCCUGAAGCACCUGCAUAGCAAAAAUAUCGUUCACUGUGAUUUGAAGCCAGAGAACGUUCUACUGUCAUCAGAUUCUGAACUCACACAAGUGAAGUUGUGUGACUUUGGUUUUGCUCGCAUCAUUGGCGAGAAAUCCUUUCGUAGAUCUGUAGUUGGAACCCCUGCCUACUUAGCUCCUGAGGUGCUACGCAACAAGAAGUACAAUCGUUCUUUGGAUAUGUGGAGUGUGGGUGUCAUCAUCUACGUAAGUCUAAGUGGAACAUUCCCCUUUAAUGAGGAUGAAGAUAUCAAUGAUCAGAUCAAGAAUGCUGCCUUCAUGUAUCCUCCAAAUCCAUGGAAGGAAAUUUCUAUGGAAGCAAUUGAAGUGAUCAGCUGUGUGCUUCAAGUGCAGGCAAACAAGAGAUUCACCGUUGACAAGACUUUGUCCCAUCGAUGGCUUCAGGAUUAUCAGACAUGGUGUGACUUGAGAGAACUUGAAAAGAAGGUGGGAAUUCGGUAUGUGACACACGAGUCAGAUGAUGCACGAUGGGAGCAAUACAAGCGGGAGCGUUACCUGGAUCCCAGUCGAGAUCCAUACACAUUCACCCAGUGACCUAUGCUGGCAUGGUGGCAGCUUUUUUUUUCUUCUAUCCCAUCUUUCUUGGCAUUCUUACUUCCUCCUAUUGCCUCCAGUUCUCUCUCUCUCUUUCCCAUUCUUUUCUCUCUUGCAUUUUUGCAUCCUGGCUUCCUUCUUUAGAAUGCUUUCUCACUGCGCUACAAUUUUACACCUGGGCAGUGGAGCAGGAUGACUUCACAGUGCCUUAUGUAAUUUUUUUCUUUCCUCAUGCAAGCACAGUAUGCAAGCAGGAGAGAAAAAGAGAGAGAAAAGGAGAGGAGGAUAUUAUGAGUAUGAAGAGAUCACAGUACAGUAUGCCAUGUUGUGUCACAUAGAGAUGCAUUAUAUAGGCCUAUGGUUGCCUGCCGUCCGUUAAGAGUGCUGCAACAUUCCAUGUGUGACCCCAGCUGAUUUCUUUUAUCCUCACCAUGCAAUCCUCUCUCCAGUUGUUUUGGAGACUUGGGCUCACUUUUUCUUUGUAAAAUAUUAUUUUCCUUCCCAUCUGGUUCCAUGUGUCUUUCCUCUUUGAUGCACGAUGAUGAUUGCGAAUGUGAUCUUGCUUGUUUUUACCUCUCAUCUUUCUCAUUGCAUUCAUAAGAAAAAAAAAAUAUGGCUCUUUCUCACAGAUGUGGUUAUGGGACAAUAAAACAUUUUACUUUUUCAGAUCUUA